AUGCUUUGUCGAUGUGUUUCUCGCCUACCGACCGCAUACCGUUCACGAUUACCAACAACGCUAUGCUUCACACCGAAUCCUCGCAACUUUCGAAAUAAUGCUCAUGUUUCUCACCAUUCAUCAAGAUCUCUGAUGGGGUUUGUUAGAAACGCACUAGGUUUAGAUCCUAAAUCAUCUCCAGAUGAUCCGACACCAGAAAAUAGGUUCCAUCCUUGGGAUCAAUCACCUUGUCAAGAUUUGCGUGAACGUGCAGCUAAAAUCAGAACUUUAGCUCAUUGCCCCGUUACAAACAAAGAGAUUAAUUAUACUUGUCCAAUCUCUGGAAUUCCAACUCAUCACUCUAAAAAUGCUUGGGAAAUGGAUGAGAAUUAUCAUAGCAAUAAGAUCUAUGAAAUUUUGAAAAAAGUUAAUAUAUAUGAACAUGAUUUAAGAAGUGGUAGACCAUUCCCUGAGUUCGUAUUCCCACAAGAUCAAGAUUUUGACCGUAUGAUUAAUAUGACCAAUUGGGAUCUCUUCUUAUAUACAAGAUCUUUUUAUUCAAUGGAUACAGAAUUUCAAAUGGCUGCUGUAACUAAAAUGUUGAGUUAUCCCAUAACCAUAGGAUCCAUUUUACAUCAAUUUUCUCCAUAUUCUUUACAACCAAAGGGUCCCAUAACAUUAGAAGGACUAAAAUCAAUGGCUGCCUUAAGGUAUACAUUAUAUCCCUUCCAUAAUAAAUCAUUUAUGACUUUAACCAAGAAUCGUCCCAUGAGAAUUUUCCUAUUAGGUGCAAGGGCAGAAGCUCAAUUACCUGGGCAUAUAUGGAAACAAUUACAAUAUUUAUUCCCAGAACAAAAAUUUGAGUUAUUUUUCAUUGGUCCCGAGGCGUAUUAUGAUAAAGAAAAGAAACAAUAUUUGAAGCUAGAUAAACCACUGAUACAAACAAUUGAUGAUACUUUGAAAUUAACGUUUAUUACUGAAUAUUUCCAUACUUUACAUGAAUCUCAAGAUUUAUUCCCCUAUGAUCCUUAUAUGGAUGUAUUUUUCAUUUUCCAUCCAGGCUUCUCUGCCAUUGAAACUACUGAACAUUGGAUGAACGACACAAUGAAAUCAUUAUUAGAGACCCAAUGUGCAAUUUUCAAUACUGGGUUUAGUCGCAAUGAUAUGUUGAAUGAUAUGAAUAUAUUAGAUGAAAAGUAUAAAAAUGAUCUGGACAUAUUAAUGAAACCUGUGAAAAAUGUUUUCGGUAGUACUAAAUGGGAAUUGAAUGAUUUAAAUCCACAAGACGUUUAUCAAUUUAACAUGUAUAUUGCUGGAUUUAGAGGUAAAAGGUAUCCAACGGUAGAACUGUAA